UUCUCCCUGAGUUCUCAUUUUAUACGGCUCUUCCCAGUUUGAGCAGGAAUUCUUAUUGUUUUCAUUUUCCUUUCUCAGAGGUUCACUCGAGGCCAGCCAGUCAGUACAUCUGUCCGCCUGCUGUGCAAAAGGCAGUCCCACAGACAUUACGGAAAGUACAGCCUUCACCACAGCUGCUCCUACUGCUCCUCUCUCUUUCUCUCUCUCCCCGCUUCUCGAAUCCCGUAACGAUUGCAGACUUUUACCCUCCAUACCUUGAGUGAUGGAACUUCAGUCAGUAAAUAAACCCCAGGGUGAACCGUCCCCAUCUAUCCCCAGACCCCAGGGUGACAAUGCCAGCAACGAGGUGGCAAAAGAGGACCUAGAAGGCAACAAGAAGAUAGAGAGGUUUGACAUCCCGCUGGACAGUCUGAAGAUGGUCUUUGAGAAUUCCACAGAAGUAGGAGCCGACAGAAUAGCGUACAGCCCAACGCCCAGGAGAUCCACUGCGGGCCGAUCGAGCAACACGUCCUUGGAACCGAAAGGGACCUCCUCUAAGCCCAGCCAAGGAUCCAGUGAAGCUGCGGGCGGCGCAAGCGGAAGCAGGCGGCAGAAACGUUCCAGGGAAGACAUGAGCCAAAGCGACAGCGGAGAGCCAGCGGAGGCAGAGCCUGUGUCGGUGAAGGAGCGCAUGGCUCUGUACCAGGCUGCGGUCUCCAAGCGGGAUGCCAGCGGAGCCUCCAGUGUGGUCCUGGGGGAGUCGGAGCCAUGCUCCUUACCUGGGGGGCUCGCCAGCGUCAAGAAGCAAUUUGAGAGCCAGGAAAUCGCCUCGUCUCAGAGCGGCACCACCCAGGUGCAGCUCCAGCAGCGGCCUGCGCAGGUCUCACAUAAUCAAAAUUUUCACCAGAGCAAUAUGGCUGCCCAUUAUGAAAACCAUGAUGAUGAAGCAGUGAGGGCAUCAGAAGGAGAGGAUCUACCAAAGCUUUCUACCAGGGCUUUGAAGCAGCAGUAUGAAAAAACCAUUGAACAGGCAGCACCAAGCAAACCAAUUAAGAAGACUCGAGUUCCGGAGACAGAGCUGUGCUCUGUGUGUCGCAAGAGGGUUUACCCUAUGGAGUCUCUGAUAGCGGACAAGCAGAACUUCCAUAAAACCUGCUUCCGCUGUGAGCACUGUGGCGGGAAGCUAAGUCUGGGAAACUAUGCCUCUCUCCAUGGACAUAUGUUCUGUACGCCACAUUACAAACAACUUUUCAAGUCCAAAGGAAAUUACGAUGAAGGAUUUGGACAGAAACCCCAUAAGGAGUUAUGGAACUCUAAAAACCAAAAUAAUUCAAAUGUAAAAGCCACAAUAAAUACCUCCCCUGAGAAAGACGAGUCAAGCGACUCUAUAGCACAGAGCAGUAUGGGCAUAUCAGAGAAGGAGAUGACAGACACAAAGGAAAAGGAUAUGGAUAAAUCUUCUGAUGAGAACAAAAAGAACACCAACAAAAUGUCUAUUGUAUGGCCUCCACAGACUGAAUCCCCAAAGAAAGCUUUCAGCAUUGAAGAAGAAGUUAAGCUGGUCAAGCCAAGCUGGCCUCCAGAAGAAAGCUCUGUACGGACCUUCACUGACACAUCAACAGAUAAAAGACAGUCCAAGAUGUCAUCCUUAAAGACCUCCGAAGAAGUCAAAAAGCAAGCGGCUCAUGGGAACAAAGACGGGCAAAAUCCGGUGAAGCAGGAGAUGAUGCUGCCCACUGUGGAGGUCAUGUCUUCUUCUGUGGAGGCAGCAGGACCUGCAGAUGUUGCUGAGAAGUUAGAAGCAAGUGAGAUGGAUGGAGUUGUAAAUGGUGGCGAUGUACCUGCAGGACUACAAGAUGGUAAAGAAAGUGUGGGUGGUGUUGGGGGAAAGUUGGAAGAGAGAGAAACGAAGGAGCAUGGGGAUGCUGCAGAAGGAGAAAAUACUGUGCAGGUCACAGUAAUUGAUAAUCAUGUGCCACAAGAACAGGAAAUAAAUGUAAAUUCCAACAACAACAAUAAUAACAGCAACAACCUGCUGUUUGACAAUGGAAUACUCUGCCCAGAAGUUGAUGACAAUGGACUCUUUCCAAGGCCUCGGUUCUCUGCCACAGAGUAUCUCAGAAAAGACGCAUGUGAUCAUUCAGAGGAAUCCAUAAAUGACUUGAAAUGCACCCAAAACUAUGAUGGUUUACAGAUAGCUAGAAAACAAGAUGCCUUUGUCCCAUCCGGUGCCAAAUGUGUGAAUGCAGGAAAGGGUUGGUUUACCAAAGACAUAUUCACAGAUGGGACUGAAUCUGAAAAUGUCUCCUCUGGGAAAAUGCUCCACUUGAAUGCUACAUCUGUGCAAGAAGACAUGUGUGUGGGAUGUGACAAUUCCAGUCUGCCAUCUGAUUUCAAGGAAGACAUGUUCAGCGAUCCCUCUACUGAGACGCCUAUUGUUUCUUUGUUAGAUGACCUUCUGCAUUUUGGAAUUAUGCCAAGUGAAAAUGCAGGCAGUACAACAGGAGAAUGGAAAAAGGACGAAAGGCCUGACUUCUUUGAUGCAAAUAUUGGAGGCAUUUUGGAAAAAGACUUGGAAAUGGGGGAGACCGAACAAGAGAUGCUGUCUGUGGAAGAACAAAUCAAACGAAAUCGGUAUUAUGAUGACAGUGAUGGUGACUGAACACUGAGUUAUGUUUGAUUAAGAGUUCUGUAUGCAAAUUUCUUAAUAUCAUGUCACAUAAAUGAUGUACUUAUAUCAGUAUCUACUCAUAUUACACACACGUCCAUGGAGAAACACUUAAAUUAAUUCAAUGAUCCAUCAUAAUGUUCUCCAGUUCAUUUGUAUUGCUUUCUCAUGACAUGCUGUGUUCCAGAUCUUAACUUCUGAAUGUCUUUGCUAUAAAAGUUUUUGAUUUUAAGCACCCAGUGUGCAUUUUAAAAAUGGAAAUUUUAAGGCGUAGUGAUACAAAUACUACCAAAUGAAUAAAACUGUGUUUGUUUUGGAUGAUUUUAUUUUCUUCUGAGCAGCAAAUACCUGAAUAUUUUUCUGGCUUUAUUCAUCUGACAGAUUUGUCAUUUUCUCCUCUGGAUCAGGUCUAUGAAUAUUUUACUGCUAAUUGAUAAAUGCACAAUAAAGCAAUAACUUUUUUUGACAUG